AUGGUGCAUGGUCGAUUGGUGGAAGUGACUAAUGAGCUGUCACCAACCCGCUUGAGGAGGCGGACGAGGAAUCAAAGCUGCAAACCAUUCGAGGGCAUUUCGGUGGAAUCGAGAAGAGACGAGUGUCUCGUGAAUGUCGCGGCUCGAACGGCGACUGGACUCGACCACUCUUGCCGCAAGUCUGAGUCACUCACGACGUCCCUUCGCGGGGGAUGCCCACAAAAAUCUCAGACUUGGCGUCUUUUCAGAAGUCUCCUCGACGGUUGCCUUCCGCCGAGCGGGUUCUAUGCGAUGGCACCUCUUUUGCUGGGUCUCUUCAGAAUGCCCAUUUCACACGCCUCAACCACCCCAGCAACGGAAUCCCCUCCCCCGAUCCCAUCCCAACGAGGCCGCCUUCGCGUGGUACAGACGUCCUCUCCGAGGCCUCCCCCUCCCUUUGACGACUCUGCCUCUACUUGCAGCCAUGACAACGGCGCACUCUUCGACUCUGCUACAUGUAUUAAUGUCUGUCUGUGUGUGUGUGUGUGUGUGUGUGUGGGUGUGUACUGGGUGAACAUUGUCUCCGACGGGGUAUCUGAGCUACAGAUGGGUCGAAAGGUGUGUGACAUGGCAACGUCUGUCCGUCUUCGCCUUAGCCCGCACCCCAACACUGGCAUGGCGACGCAAUUGUUGUACGUCGGGUUGAAAAGCAACAUGGGCACGUCUUUCAGCCUCAAGUAUGUCACAGCUCGUCUCGUCAGUUCCACCGUCGCUCCUGCUCCUCUCGCCUCGGCUCGACACAAGCCGACAAUUGGGCCGGUCAGAAGGAGUUGA